GUGUGCUUAGGUGUUAAGAGGCAACAGAGACACACGCUCACAAAUGCAAGCAAGCCAAAAUCCAAAAAUCUAUCAUCUUUGAGACUUUGACUCUUGGAAGUUGGAAACUUUGUCAUGCCCAAAUCAAUCUAAGACACGCAUAUAAUCCGGGCCAGCUUUCACGGAUUCUCUCCACCUCAACAUCCUCCUUCUUGUGUUUUUCUUUCUUUUAUUUAUUUUUUUUUUUGGAGGAAAAAAAAUUUGUUCAAUUAUUGGAAGCUGGGGUGGAUUAAAGUUGAAUAUUCAAGCACUUGGGCUCAGAAUCUCAUCUGGGAAUUUGGCAGUUCUCUCUUUUGUGCCAUUGGUUUUGGCUCAAAAUCUCAUUUGGGGUAUUUACAGUUCUUGGAAAUACCAUUGUAGGCAAUGGAAUUAUUGCUCACAGCUUCCAUUCGACAAAGAUCUUGUUAACCAUGCUAACUGUGGAACCACCUGCAUUUUCUAUCACCCUCUCCUAGAGAAGUUAAGAGACUCUGUGAAGGUUUAGGGGCGGAGUGGGUAAUUAAAUUGACACUUGAGAAAAGUUACACAAUUGGGGAAUAGACUAUGAUAUUGAUCCCAAUUUGAGAGUACCGGCAUUGACAUUUGAGGAAGAAACAUGUCUCCUGGAGGUCACUUCUGUGAGGAUGUGGCUGAGUCUCGUAUGGCGUUUGCAGAUUCUGAUGUUGCAACUUCCACUGGUGAUGUAAGGACUUCCCCUUUCAGAAAAGCUGCCCCUGGUUUGCUUGGAAUUCCUGGAAUGCCAUCAAACCACAAUGUGCAUGACCUACUCGAGUGUCCUGUUUGCAUGAAUUUAAUGUGUCCUCCAAUUCACCAGUGUCCAAAUGGCCAUACUCUCUGCUCGAGCUGUAAGGUUAGAGUGCACAACUGUUGCCCCACGUGUCGCAAUGAACUUGGAAAUAUAAGAUGCUUGGCACUGGAGAAAGUAGCAGAGUCGCUGGAUCUUCCUUGUAGAUACCAAAUUUAUGGUUGCCAAGAUAUAUUCCCAUACUACAGCAAGCUAAAGCAUGAGAAAAUCUGUAAAUAUCGUCCAUACAACUGCCCUUAUGCUGGAGCUGAUUGUUCUGUCACAGGAGAUAUCCAACUCCUUAUGAUGCAUCUUAAAAAUGAUCACAAGGUUGACAUGCAUGACGGAUGUACUUUCAACCAUAGAUAUGUUAAAUCCAAUCCCCAAGAAGUUGACAAUGCUACAUGGAUGUUGACCUGCAGAUUUUUAACUGUUUUGGGCGUCAGUUUUGCUUGCAUUUUGAGGCUUUCCACAUUGGAACUGCACCUGUUUACAUGGCCUUCCUCCGGUUCAUGGGUGAUGAUGAUGAGGCAAAGCAAUUCACUUAUAGUCUCGAAGUUAGCGGCAGUGGCAGAAAGCUUAUAUGGCAAGGAAUUCCUAGGAGCAUCCGAGAUAGCCACAGAAAAGUUCGUGACAGUCAAGAUGGACUAAUCAUUCAAAGGAACUUAGCACUCUUCUUCUCCGGUGGUAAUAGGCAGGAACUGAAGCUGAAAGUCGCUGGUCGUAUAUGGAAAGAACACUGAGAUAUAAAACUAGAAACUUGUUCAAAGAUAUUUGUAACCCUUUGCUGUGAAAAAUAAAAGGUUGGAAGGAAUUCAGGGCUUAACUAUGUAAGAAGGCUGGAUUUAUGUUGCUUGAUAAAAUUAAGAUGCUUUGGUUCAUUAGUUUAUCUAGGACAGUGUUUUGACUAUGGAUCUUCUGUAAGUAACAAAAAAGGCAGGGACUGCAUGCAACUUUUAACUGAGUCAUGGUUCAAGGUAUAUUUGAAUUUCCACA